UGGAAUUGUUUGACUGCAGAUAGUAAUCAUUUAAAGCAAUGACAGAAACAAUGGAUGACGAGGAGGUAGAGCUUUCAGAAAAUGUUAAUUUUUUAAAUUUCGAUUCAUCCAUCAAUUUUCAGGAUUCUACAUCCGCUGAUUCAUUUCUUGAUGAUUUCUUUACAAACACCCGAACAUGCACCCACACCCACACUUGCAACCCACCAGGCCCUGAUGCGGCUCAUACACAUACAUGUUAUCACACUCACACCCAAGUUCUUGCAUCUGAAGAAGAUGAUCACCCAGACAUUAAAAACAGUACCAGCUCAAGACCAAGAAGACCUUCCGGAAACAGAGAAGCAGUUCGGAAGUAUCGGGAGAAAAAGAAGGCUCGUACAGCUUAUCUUGAAGAGGAAGUCAGGAAAUUGCACCUAUUGAACCAACAACUGGUUAGAAAAUUACAAGGGCAAGCAAUUCUCGAAGCAGAGGUUUUGAGAUUGAGAGGUCUUUUGCUAGACCUUAGAGGAAAGAUUGAUAAUGAGUUGGGUGUAUUACCCUAUCAAAAGCAGUGUAACAGCAGUAGUUUGUUCAAAGAAGGCGAUUGUGGGUUGCAGUCUGCUGAUGUGGAAAUCGGCCUACAAUGUCAGACUAAUUUACCAUGCUUUCAUCCACAUGCCGUGUCAUCAUCACAGGCAGGUGUUGGAAGAAGUGGGAAGAUGCUGAUAGCACGUGGAGAAAAUUGUCAGCCUCCCUUUAUAGAUUGUCAAGCUAGCACAAAUGAGAUGGUGAGUGCUGAAGGACAAGCAAUGGAGACAAUGGAAACCUUGGUGUCACCUGCACCACAGGCAAAACAAGUAGCAGGACAUUUGUAAGUUUCAUGUCCCUUUUGAUCAUCUUGUUGUAAUAAUUUGCAUAUGUUCAUAUUGGAAGCCACUAUCAAGACCAUAUAUAUUGCCAUUUCCGGAAUAAAAGUUUAAUUAUACUAGCCGAUAUACUUUAAGAUGGAGAUUUUAAUUUUGAUAUCUUUGAAUACUUUGUAUUGGACAAUGAACAGUGUUAACAAAAUGACAUUCUGCUUCUAACUUUUGGUUUGAGAGCAUAUUGAAUACUUUAUUUUGGGCCUGUUGAUAUGUUCUUAAUGGCAUUCUUGUGUCACACUAUAUAAUUGGUACUCGGAUAUCAUCUUGUAUGAUUAUAGUCCACCUAAAGAUAAGGGAAAGAAAAGGUAACAACAUCAGGUGUUCUUAAAACUUCAAGUACUAAAAUUGAAACAGUUGGUAGUUAAGGAAUGAAAUGAAACUCUAACACAGUUUCAAGAAUCCAUAAUGAGCUUUGACCAUCAUGAUAUGGUCAAUUAUCUUUUGUAUAGUUAAAUGAGUAAUGAAUUCAGGAGCCAGAUGGAAGAUAGAGUUUAACUACACAAAAGAAACGGCCUGUUGAUGUUAAUGAAUAUGAAGAAAACUCAUGCUUCUGUAAUUAGAUAUUGUAAUAUAAAACCAAGGCAUUGAUGACAUGUUUUGUUGGUGAAAGGAAUAUUUGGAGAAUGGUUUAUAUGCGUUAUUUAAGCUAAUCAG